UCUUUCUUUGUCUGCUGAGAAAAAGACUUUUACCAUAAUACUUAAGGACAUUCAAGAACAAGUUGAAAAGAAAAUACAUGUUGACUUGGUGGAAGAAGAAAAAAAGACACCGAAUACCAGGCAUGCUAGGGAUACAGUUCUGAAGAGAACCAAAAGAAGGUGGGGCCCUAUUCCAUCUGUCAUGAUAGAGAACUCACUGGGACCUUUCCCACUGCAAAUACAGCAGGUCCAGUCAGACACAGCUCAGAACUACACAAUUUAUUAUUCUGCAAGUGGACCAGGAAUUGAUCAAGAUCCAAAGGGUUUGUUUUACAUAGAAAGAGAAACUGGAAAUAUCUUUGCUACUCGUGCGGUAGACCGUGAACAGUAUCCAAGUUUUCAGAUCAUCUGCUUUGCAACUACUCCAGAUGGUUAUUCACCAGAAGUACCACUUGUGCAUACAAUCAGGAUAGAGGACGACAAUGAUAAUGCUCCAUAUUUUACACAAGACCUUUUUGAAUUUUGUGUCCCUGAAAAUUCCAGACCUGGUGUUGUUGUUGGGAAAGUGAUUGCAGAGGACAGAGAUGAGCCUUAUACUCUGCAUACCACGCUGAAAUACCGCAUUGUGUCACAAACCCCACCGAUUACCCCAGCGUUCUCUUUACAUGGGGACACCGGUGUCAUCUCUGUGUUGCUGCCACAGCUGGACAGAGAGCUUGUGCCCAGUUACACCUUGUUAGUUGAAGUGAGAGAUAUGGCAGGUCAGCCUUUUGGUUUGUGCACUACAGGAACAGUUGUCGUCAAAAUCGAGGAUACGAAUGACAAUGCACCAACCUUUAAACAGUUACAAUAUGAAACACGAGUGGAAGAAAACAGAGUGAAUGUAGAAGUACUGAGAAUCUCUGUUGUUGAUCUUGAUGAACCGGGUUCACCUGGCUCAGGAGCAGUAUAUGAAAUUAUAAGAGGAAAUGAUGAUCAGGCCUUUGAAAUUACAACAGACAAAAACACAAACGAAGGAAUACUGUGUGUUACUAAGGGACUGGACUAUGAAGCUGCCAAGCAAAGGAUCCUGGUUAUUGGAGUCAACAAUGAGGCACCCUACCUGCUGGCUCCCCAUUCCCAACAACUUUCCCAGAGCACUUGCUCUGUUACUGUGCAUGUCCUGGAUGUGGACGAGGGACCGGUGUUUAAACCCUGUCUGUUGCGCUUAGACGUUAAAGAGUGCGAAGAUAUUGGGACAGCUAUUGGGAGAUAUGUAGCAGAAGAUCCAGAAACUGGAAAUAGUGAGGGCAUAAGAUACCGGAUACCACCUGGCCAGUGUAAUUGGGUCAACAUAGAUGACAAAUCAGGUGAAAUCAGAACUGUUAGGGUCUUGGACCGAGACAUAGGAGAAAUGAGACGAGGUCAAUGCAAUAUCACAGUCCUUGCAAUAGACAGAAAUGGUAAAACAGGCACUGGAACAAUUCAGGUUUGCAUCGUGCCUGGCAACAAGAAUUUCCCCCGAAUCACUCAAACUGACCACAUCAUGUGCAGAGACAGAACCCCGAUUUCCCUCACGGCGCAGGACGGCGACGAGGCUCCGUACAGCGCACCCUUCGAGUACCGCAUAAACGACCGCAGACUGGCUUCCAUGUGGAAGCUAACUCCGCACGAUGAUAAUUCUUGGUAUCUUUCACCAAAGGGUGAUAUUCCGUAUGGAAUUUAUGAAAUUCCUGUAAGUGUGAUUGAUAAUGGAGGAAAGAUAGGAGAGAACAUAGUGAGAGUUAAUCUCUGUGACUGCGUUACUCCAACUGAAUGCGAUGGCAGAACUCGUCAGCUUGCUGGUGGAAAUGUUACCCUUGGUCUCUGGGCCAUCCUUGCAAUGAUCUUAGGAUCAUUGUUAUUGCUGCUAAUCCUGAUCACAAUUUGUGGCUGCUGUGGCACUGGGGUAAUGAACAGGCAGGUGACUGAUGAUUGUGCCAAUCACAAUUUAAUCAUUUCAAACACAGAAGCUCCGGGAGAAGAAGUGAUGGAUCACAAUAUAAUUCCUCUACAAAGUACAUGCGAUCAAGGAGGGUAUGGAGUAAAAACAGGGGAGCAGCAAACAUUUGAAAUGGUAAAAGGCAGAGGGCAUACCUUGGAAUCAGUCAAGGGAAGUGGACAUCAGACUCUGGGAUCAGUUAAAGAAGGAGGAGGACAGACUAUGAUGGAUACUUGUAGAUACUCCUAUUCAGAGUGGCAUAAUUUCACACAUCCUCGUUUAGGCGAAAAGGUGCACCUAUGCAGACAGGAUGAAGAACAGAAGCAUUCUGAAGAUUAUCUCCUUUCAUAUAACUAUGAAGGAAAAGGAUCUUUGGCUGGCUCUGUAGGCUGCUGCAGUGAUCAGCAUGAAGAAGAGGCACUUGACUUCUUAGAUCAGUUGGAACCCAAGUUUAGGACAUUAGCAGAAACAUGCAUCAAAAGAUAAAUGUGCCUUUCAGAGUGCUGAAAAAACCUGUAAAUAAGUGGCUGUCAUCCUUUGUGAUAUUAGGUAAUUUGGAAUUGAGAGGGCUAGAGGUUUAUCAAAAUUAAGAUAGACUGGUAAGAGUGUAAAUGACUCUUGCUUUAAAUUUACAUUUUCUUACACUGGACACAUUCUGUCAGAACAAAGGGAUUCAAAAUAUCUUUUCUUUAGUUUAAUAUAGUAAUGCUAGUUUCUACUUAGAUUACAUUUUGCAUUCUUUGUGAUUGCUCACAAUGCAAAACUUUGUGUUCUUUUAAUUAA